AUGGCAGAUAGUGGAUUAAGAACAACAGAUGCAUUUAUGUUAAUAAGUAAUGAAGCUGGUGGAGAAGAACUUGUUGGACACACUAUGACUGACAACUACAAUUACAUAUCAAGGAAGAAAAUGAAAGAAAUUCAAGGAGGUGAUGCACAAACUGUAAUAGAUAGAUUAUACAAAAAGCAAGCAGAAGAUGAAGAUUUCUUUUUCAGAUUCAAGUUAGGAGGUGGUGAAAACCAAAACAAACUAAAUGCUAUUUUUUGGAGAGAUUCUGAAAUGAAGGAAGAUUUUCAAAUUUAUGGAGAUGUUAAAAUAGAAACUUUUGAGUGGGUGUUAGAAACAUUUAAGAAGUCAAUGGGAGGUAGUGAGCCUGCUUCAAUAUUUACAGAUCAAGACUUGGCAAUGUCUAAAGCUAUUGAAAAGAAUGCUGUAUCAAGGUUUGGAGCACUGAAAAGAGAUACCUCAUUCAAAGAUGCAGUUAACAAAUGCCUUUCAGGAUGUGUUACAAAGGAAGAAUUUCAGAUAUGCUGGGAUUCAAUGAUUGUCAAAUACAAACUUGAAAACAAUAAAUGGUUUAAAAGGUUGUAUGGUUUGAGAGAAAAAUGGUGUACAACAUUAAGUAAAGACUUUUUUUCUGCUGGUAUACUAUCAUCACAAAGAAGUGAAAGUGCAAAAAAUGCAGUUGGGUUUAAAGCCAACAAAAACACAAGCUUGACUGAUUUCUUGAAAAUUUUCAAUCAAACGGUGAAGAGGUGGAGAAAGAAUGAGUCAGAUGCUGAUUUUAAAUGUUCAAAUUCAAACCCAACUUCAAGUAUUCCUUUUAUUGGAUUACUUAAGCAUGCUUCAAAAGUGCAGAUAGAAUAUGAUGAUAGUAGCAGACAAAAGGUUACAUUUAACAAAGCAGAGAAUAAAAUAGCAUGUUCUUGCAAGAAUUUUGAAGAAAUUGCUUAUACAUUUCAUCAAGAUGGUCUAAAAUGGCAAAAGCACAUGUUUGGAAAAAAAAAAGAUGAUGAUGCUGCAGAAAAAGAAUCUCAGUCAGACAAAUUAAUGCCUUGGCGUCACACAAUGGUUAGAAGAAGCUACAAUCUACUUAUAAACUGUCAAGAUCAUAAAGAGACAAGAAACAUGGUAGAAGCACAUUUUAAAAUGAUGCAAGAAAAUGCAGAUGAAUUCAAAAAGGAAUUGCAAAAGAACAAGGAGAAGGAAACCUCAUCUGAUCAAGAGGAAGCUACAAGUAAUCAACAGCAAACUUCAGCUGAUCAGCAAGAAGUGUCACCAGAUUCAGAAAUCCCUAUAGUCAUGGAUCCAGAAAAAGCAAACACAAAAGGAAGAAGCAAAAGAAUAAAAGGGCACUUUGAGAAAGGAAAGCAACCAAAAGCAAAUAAAACAAGAGCAAUGCAAGCCAAAGGAAAUGCUAGAGAAUUUGGAACUAUAACUCCAAUUCAAAACCCAAAGUUAUUUUAG